AUGUAUAACAACAAACUAUUUAUAGUUGUUGUAUUAAUUUUAACUUAUAAAAUUUCUGGUGAAAACCAUGAAUUAAUAUAUAAUUAUGAUAUAGUCUAUUAUGAUGAAUGUCGUCUAUCAGUUUCACCACGUAAUUAUCUUCAACCGGUAACUGCUUAUGCUCAAAUACAAAAACCAUGUAAUGGUACAUUACUUUGGAUAUAUCCAAAUUUACAAUUAACAUUAACAUUAGUUAAUCUUGAAAAUGAAACAUUUACAUUAUGUUUUGAUAAAAAACCUAUUCAAGAUAAAUUUAUUCGUUCAAUAAAAAAUAUUAAUUUAAAUACAAAUCAAACAAAUAAUAUGCGUGAAAUAGAUACAAGUUCAGGUUUACUUUUAUGUGCAACAAGUGAAGGUAAUCGUAUAUCAAUAAUUAUUGAAGCAGAACCAUUAUAUGCUGGAGUUUAUAUACGUUAUGCCAUGUAUAAUGAACGUCAUCCAUGGACAACAGGUCCAUAUCCUGGUUGGGAAAGAUCUGAAAAAUAUUUAUAUGGACCAGUUGAAUAUAUACCACGUAAUCAAAAAAAGAUACGACGUCGUCGAAAGAAAAUUCAUUGA